AGGGACUAUAUAAAAGCUCUCUUCGCUCAGUUCUUCCAAGCUUCAUUCGCCAUUGGGUCUUCUUGUUGAACUGCUGACUUGCCUCCAUCCCCGCAAGAUGUCCUGCUACGACCUGUGUCCCACCACCAGCUGCGGCAUCGCCCGCCCCCAGCCCCUGGCCGACAGCUGCAACGAGCCCUGCGUGCGGCAGUGCCCYGACUCCACCACCGUCAUCCAGCCUCCUCCYGUGGUGGUCACCCUCCCCGGCCCCAUCCUCAGCAACUCCCCACAGAACUCCUUUGUGGGCUCCUCUGGAGCUCCAGUGCUUGGUGGUUAUGGAGGCUCCUCCUUGGGCUACGGGGGCUUCUAUGGAGGUUAUGGAGGCUCCUCCCUGGGCUACGGGGGUCUCUAUGGAGGCUCCCUGGGUUAUGGRGGUCUCUAUGGCUAUGGGGGCUCCUCUCUAGGUUACAGGGGUCUCUAUGGUUAUGGUAGAUCCUACGGGGCUGGAUACUGCAGCCCUUACACCUACCGGUACAACAGRUACCGCCGUGGCAGCUGUGGGCCCUGCUAAAUCCACCAGAAAGAGCUUCUAAGUGAGGAGGAACCGGCAAAGAGGACAUGCAACCCUGAUCUAGAGAGCAACUCCUGAGUAAAAGGACAGAGCAUCAAGAAUUACCACUGGAUACAGUGGAGUUGGAGAUGUUCACCAACUCUCUACACUUUCAUUUCUCUCAAGUUCUCCUUCUGUCCCUCACUUAUGCUACAUCUCCCCCAUGUGCCUUGCAGCAGCCAACCCUGAAGCAGCACCAUCCAUGUCACACUGUCUUCUCCCUACAAGAGCCACCAAAUGGGAGUAGCUUGAAGUAUGGCUUUGAUUGAAGCCYGAGUUGACCUGCUGUCCGCUUUGUCCUUUUAUGUUUGUUUCCAGUCUACCUUUUCUCACCUUGCAAUAAAAUGUGUCUGCAGCCAAAGUGUCUCUCUCAUUUCCUGGGGGGUCAAAGUCUGUCCUCUGUCCAUGGCACAUGUG